GGAGAAAGAAUAAAAUCCUCACUGAGAAAGGAGAGAACGUAUAUUAGUAGAGGGAGGUGGGCCAGAAACACAGACACAAGCACACCCACACUACAAACCCCGCCCUUUCCCCCAGCUAGCUUCCUGCUCUGCUAGGACAGAACAGCUAGGGAAAGAACGGGGAGGAGAAAAGAGGAGCGAGAAGGAGCACAGAAGAGAGGAGAGAAAAAAGAGAAAAUAGAUGAUCACACAGAAGUGAAACUUUGGAUUCAGUGCUUGGAAAAAGGAGGCCAGGCCACUGUAACAAGGUCUCCCUGUGGUUUGCCACCUUCCCACAUUCACUGCUCACCAGCAUAUAAAGAGCUCCCUUGGGAGUGUGAAAGGAGUCAAGGGAAGAGAAGGGAGAGCUUUUGGUAGCAUCUCUUUCUCAGGUCAGGGAGAGGAAGGCAAGGAAUAUAUUCAAAAGAGGCUUACAGAUAGUUCCUUGGGAUGAAGAGAGAAGGCAAGAGAAUAUAUCGGCUGGUACUGGCUCCAGAAGGCUAUCUCUGAUCUCUGUUUCCCCAGCUGCCCAGCCUUCUCCCACUGCCUGCCAUCACCAUCCACAUCACCAUGUGGGUAGAGUCACAUUGGAGAGGCAUCCGCCAAGCUCUGUUGUUUGUCUUCACUGCUGCACUUCUCACUGGGGUCACCAUGCUGGCUAUCUCCUCUAACAUCAACGCAGUGGGAUUCUUCUUCCUGGGGGUGGGGGGCAUGUGCCUGAUUGGCUACCUGCUGAGUGUGUUUGUGGAAUGCUUCCUGAAGCAUCGGCACCCACAGGAUACAAAUCAGGCAGCCACAAGGAGGCAGAGCCAGGCAGGGGUGAAUGCUGCCUAUGAAGCACCAGCCUAUGAGGAGGUGGUGACAAUGACACCAGCCCCAACAGUCUGGACGAUCACCUCCAAUUCAGGCACAGUGCCCUCAACAGUAGGGGAGCCCCCACCAUACAGUGUGGUCAUUGAGCCGCCCAGCAUGGCAGAAACUGGGGCGGAGACCUUCAGCAUCUCAGUGGCAUCAGGCAUCAGGCGUGCCUCUGAGGCAGACGCAGGCUCCAGGCUGCACCUUAGGUUGGUGCUGCCCCCGAGGAUGCAGCGCUUUGUCUCAGAUAUCCAUGACGUCAAAGGUGUUGAAGAGAGGCUGGAACGGCUGGAGCCACUCACCCCACCACCUGCUUAUGAGAGUCCCACUGAUGAUGAUGUCUUUGCAGAAGCUUUCCAACCCUCAAGACAAUGAUUAAAAACAGACAGAGCCUGCUUGUUGUGGAUGAGGCACAAAACCCAUCUAGUGCCACCACAAACUGGAGAAAGGGGCUCAGUGCUGCGGGCCAUGUCAUGGAAGCACCAAAGGGUCCACAAUGGAGCAUGUGGGGCAAAGAUGGAACAUUGAGCCCAGGCCUAUAAACUGGAAAUGUGAAGAGGACAGUGCACAAAAGACCCCUGCCCCUACACACAGUACACUCUGUACCUCUCCACACACACGGCCCAUUCUCUCCUUACACGCAUACACUACUCACCCACUCCAACACCACCUGCUAUUUCCUACACAUAUACACACACUAUCCAUUACCUUCCUACAUGAACAAAACUACCUACUAUCCCCUUCAUGAACACACACUCACUCCCUCUCUCAUAUGCACACUCACAUUAUCUGCUACUCUCUGCACAAACACUCUUACUACUUCCUACACACAUAUAUGUACUGUAUACUUCUCCCCGCACACAUGAAUGUCCACCCACUUACCUACUAUCCUCAAACACACACAUAUUUGCCAACAUCCUGGAUCAUUCCUUAGAUUUCAUGCUGUCUUGGCAUUUUCCUCAGAAAUGAAGUUUUGGGUUUUUCCAGAAAUAAUACAAUAACUGAUGGGCUGUGAGUUAGAAACUAUCCCUUAAAGUAGGUUGUUCAGAACCAGGGUAGUCUUAGAUGAGAAACAGAAAUGAGUGACUACUCACCAGCAGGUACCAAAGACAUUCACGGCCUUGCAGAGACAGCCCUACAUUUUAUAGGGUCCUACAUUACACAAAGUCCCUGUCUGUCUGCAUCCCCUCCUGAAAAGCUAUUUAUGGGACCCCACAGAUUCCUUUGCCUUCUCUCCAUGGAGCCAAAAGGUGGCGAAGAAACACAACUGUCUUAAAGGAAGCUGGGAGAAGGAAUUAAGGGACUUAACUGUCUGCCAUGAACUGCUGGGACCAGAAUCAGAUGGGUCUGUGCAUGUGGAACUUAUUGCAAAAAGUGUUCUAGAGCCACUGAAGGCCACAGCCCAGUGCAGCUGCAUCAGUUGCAGGAGCCCAAGUUGCCCUGCAUCCUUGGAGAAUAACCAGAAAUCUAGGUUCCAGCUUACUACAGUCUUGAAUUUAUAUAUUUUUUUAACUUGUAUUUUUAGUGCUGUUGAUUUACGAUUUUUUAAAAAUACAAUUAAGUGUCUUUCAGCCAAAGCUUCACUUCCCAGUGACUUAUUAAAUAUUAUUGGUAUUACAGUAAUGGCUACAUGUUCCAACCAAGAUCAGAACCUCAUUGCGUUAGGCACUGAUAAACAGAUAGUAAAGGACAGUUGCUGUCCCAAACAACUUACAAGACAACGGAUAGGAAGAAAAAAAGUGUGUGUGACAUCUUAUAUGGCAGUCUCUUUUGGCCUUGAACUAUAUUAAUUUUGUUUCCCAUAGAGGCACUAUUGCAGAGGGAGAGAGAGAGAGAG